AAAAGAGGUAUCCCCUCUAUUGUUUAUAGUCUAUGGUCUAUAUAAUCUUUCUGCUUUGAUCGACGAUGUAUAUAUAUAUAUAUAUAUAUACAUGUGUGCGUUAUCACUUAUCUUUUGUGAUGUGCAAACUAUACGAAGUAGUAUUUUAUAUAAAUUAUUAUAUAUUUUUACUGUUUUAAAAAAACUACGUAAUAAUAGUUUAGUGAUGGCUAAAAUAAAAUACGCAUGUAUUAUCACAAAAGAUGAUCCAAACAAAAGGUAUUGUAAACCAGUUGAUGUUAUCUACAAAUCUAAAAAGGAAAAAGAACAUAUAUCUCCAUCUAAUGCACAAGAUUUUGAUGAGAGUCACGUCUAUCAAGUUUAUUGGAGGUCGUGUGGAAGCAACUGUAACAUUGAAGAUAAAUGUUGCUCAUUUUACAAAGCUCAUAUUAUCAGUCUAGGAGAAUCUGAAGAUAAGACAUUAGAAGCAGCUAAUAAAAGGCAAAAAAGAUUUCGAUUAAAGAAAAAAUUGAUACAAGCUGUGAAUCAACUGAAAGUACGGUCGAGGAGGAAGUACAAAUAUCCCAAUCGAGUAAACUUGCUACAAGUAAAGGAAAUAUUAUUAACUCCAGUAAUGUUAUCCAAAAGUACAAAAAGAGCAUUUUAUUACAAACAAGAAAGCAGCUUUGUCUCGAUGAUGCAAAUGAUGAUGAUAAAUCUACCGAUGAAGGUGUAAUAAAAAAAAGGCGCAUAUCAGAAAUGUGUGAAAACCUUAGUUUAGGUGCAAUUGGUGAUUCCACGAAAUUACUAAACAAUAAGGAGCCACGCAUCGUUUUACAAAAGAUACCAUUAAAUACAAUGCCUACUCGAAACGAUUCAAUGUCAUCUGGGUUUUCUACACUUCCAUUAAAACUGUCGAGACAGAAGUCCUUCAACUCGAACCUUUUUCUAAAAUCAACUGCUCCUCACCUUCCUUACUUGCAAUAAAACCUAAAGCGAAGUUACAGUCUUGCUUGUCACAAAAUGUUACGCCAAAGUCCACGAUCGAAUUCGAAAAUAAAGUCACGGUCUAGGUUUAAGUCACGGUUUAGGUCUAAGUCACGGUCGAGGUCUAAGUCACGGUCUAGGUAUAAGUCACGGUCGAGGUCUAAGACACGGUGUAGGACUAAGUCACGGUCUAGGUCACGGUCGAGGUCUAAGUCACGGUCGAGGUCUAAGACACGGUGUAGGACUAAGU